AUGGAUCCUCCUACGAAGUAUAAGCCGCGACGAGGGGUGCUUGGCAACCCUCUGUACAUUGCCAUUCCCAUCCUGAUCGGUCUCUUCUUCACGCGAUCACCAUACAUGACCAUGACGGCUACCACACCCACCGAGGGCAAGCCGUGGGCAGAUGCCCCGAUCAAGCUUAUCACCACUCCGCAGUAUGAGACCAAACAGACCGAUAUAUUUACCACCGGUGCGACGCACAUGGCCUUGCUGCAUAACGCAAUCUUUCGGGGCUACAACUCGAUCUACCAACAAGCUCCCCACGUGAAGCCCGAAGACAAGAGCGACUUUGUUGGAUACUCGUUGACGUGGCACAAGUUUGUCAAGUCGCAUCAUGACGAUGAGGAAGAGAACCUAUUCACCAAGGUUGAAGAGGUUCUGGGGGAUAAGAACAUCUGGGCUGAGACUCUCAAGGAACACGAAGCCUUCCUCGGCGGCCUCGUGGAGUUCCACUCAUACUUGACCUCCCUCAAGUCCCACCAGGAUUUCUCUGGGACUGAACUGCAACGCAUCAUGUCAAGCUUCCAAGAGCCCUUCGAUUCACACUUCCACCACGAGAUCGCAACGAUUGCGGCAUUGAAGGACCACUCAAAUGCCCCCAAGCCAGGCUCACCAGAAGAGGCCAAGGCUUCGGCGACCUUCAAGACUUGGGGCAAAAAGACAGUCACUCAGGCCGGGACUCUCGAUGUAGUUCCAUUCUUCCUGUUGAACCUAGACGGCACCAGGGAAGAUGGCAUGUGGGCAAAUUGGCCCCCUAUCCCGGCACCCAUCAAGUGGGGGCUCGUCAAUAUUGGCGGUGCUUAUUACAGCAGUUGGUGGAAGUUUAGCUCUUGCUCCAAUGGCAAGCCAAAGGAGUUGUAUGCACUAUAA